UUUAGUAUAAUUCUAUAAAUAGGAAGGAAGGCCAACCCAUCUGCGUAUUCCCUAUAACAGAAAAAAAGAAGGAGAAAGCGUAAAGGUUUGCGAGAGAGAAAUGGCGGAAUUGUUCACAGAGCAGGCGAAACAGUACUCUGAAGCACGGCCAAGUUACCCACCGGAGCUCUUCCAAUUCAUUGCCUCCAAGAUUCCUGCUCGCGACCUCGUCUGGGAUGUCGGCACCGGCAGCGGCCAGGCCGCCGUUUCCUUAGCUGGCAUCUACAAAAAUGUGAUAGGCACAGACACCAGUCAAAACCAACUGGAAUUCGCAGCAAAGCUCCCCAACAUCCGAUACCAACAUACUUCUCCUGUUAUGACUAUAGCCGACCUUCAAGCCAGCGUCGCAGCACAAUCAAGCGUGGAUUUAGUCACCAUUGCCCAAUCAAUGCACUGGUUUGACCUUCCUAAAUUCUACCAACAAGUGGAGUGGGUUCUCAAGAAACCCCAUGGAGUGAUUGCCGCCUGGUGCUACACCGUGCCUGAAGUGAAUGAGUCUGUGGACUUGAUCUUUGAGAGAUUUUACGCAGAUUCCAAACCUUACUGGGAUCCAGCCCGUGACUUGGUCGAUGACAAGUAUAGGAGCAUUGAAUUCCCAUUCAAGCCUGUGGACGGAGAAGACGACACAGGGCCAUUCAGGUUCAAAACAGAGAGGAUAAUGGAUUUGGAGGCCUAUUUCACUUACAUAAGGUCAUGGUCAUCAUACCAGACUGCAAAGAAGGAAGGGGUGGAGCUGUUGAGGAAUGAUGUGAUUGAAGAUUUUGAGCGAGCAUGGAACGGGGAUGGGAAGAGUAAGAAGGUUGUAACUUAUCCUAUUUAUCUCAGGAUUGGAAAAGUGGGGAACGCCUGCCAAACUUAAAGGCCCAGCUCAGCUAUGGAUGAAUUUGAAUAAAGGCCCCCAUUCAUGAGGAAUUGAACUGCUACAGUUCCAUUAUGAUCUUCCCUAUUGCUUCUCAAUUUACCCCCAUUCAGCGAGUAAAUUGACUUUUACCAUUUGUUGAUAUAAAUAUUUCCAAUUGCUUCGUAGCUGGAAGCCUUCAAACAAAUUGCCCUGUGACCAUCCUAAAAUAAUAUCAAAUGAAGACUUAAUUAUGAUUUACAUUCCGAUU